AUGCGGUCCCUCAAGUCCACGCUGCAGAGCGCCCGGCAGGAGGUCGUGCGGCCGGCCCUGAAGAUGAGCAGGGAGAAGAUCGAGGAGAAGAUCGCGGCGGCCAAGCGCAACACGGCCGCUGCGCCCGCGGGCGCGGGCGCGCAGCGCGACCUGCGGGCCACGCUGACCGCGCGCCGCUCGGGCAGCGGGGGAGGCGACGCGGCAGCGGCUGCGGCAGCGGCGCCUGGAGAGCCGGCAAAGCGGGGUGCGGCGGGCUCGUCGCCAUCGCCGGCGGGGCCGGCGGCGGCGGCGGGCCUGGGGCCGCGGAAGCAGCCGCUCAAGUCGCAGGUGUUUUGGGCGGGGCGCCUCGGAAUGUGUUUGAGCGUUUGA